GUUCGGAUGAGGUGUGGGCCAACCUCGUCCACCACUGGUCUUCUGAUCCAAACUUCUUGGCAAGGAGCGAAUCCGGUAAGAAAAAUCGGAUGUCUGAGAAGGCCUUGGAGACCCAAUGGCACGGGGGUCGCAAACCUCAGAGUAAACAUAGAGAAGCUCUUGCGGGGCCUGAGAAGAAGAAGGUCUCGAUCCUCAAGGUCAUAAAACAUUGUUGGACAAAGCACGGCGAUGAGUCGGAAGCCGAUCUGCCACCCCGCCUCGCCGAAAUCGAAACGAAGUACAACACAAAUGUUGAGAAGAAGCGGGCGGAAUUAG